AUUUUCAUCACCGAGGUGCCUGGCGAAGUGCACCAGGAGGUCAUUAUCUGUCUGAACGACGCUGUGCGCGCCGUCUUGGCAGGUACGCCGUUAAAGUCCACCACAGACGUGGAUUACUACCAUGCCGGCCACGCCCGCAGACCCGACCUCGCGAUUAGACCGAGACGCGCGAUCCGCGGCGACCCCUGGAGCCAUUUGCCCCGCUGCAUGAUCGAGGUCGCCGUCACGCACAACACGUCGUUCAACAAGUACGACCUGCACACACGCGCGCUCUUCGCUGAGUUUCCCGUGCUCCAGACGGUCCUUGUUCUCGUCCUCUACCCGCUGCGGAACGCGGCGACGCUUGACCCCAACAUGAACCCCAUCUUGGCGCAGAUGCCCGCGCUCGCUGUGCUCUACCGUCGUCUCGGCAAAAACAUUGCGAUCACGGACGCCAUGAGCUGCGGCAACUACGCUCUACACGGGAACGUGUACCUCCCAGGGCACGUGCAUGUACGCGACGAGGUCGAUGCGAUGGCUGCCGAGCUGCCGCACGUCGUCGAGCUCCAGCCGUGGAACCAUGGACCUUUCAUUACGCUGCUCGGUGACGAUCUGUACCGCACCUCAGAUGGACACGGCCAUAUCAUGCAAGGCUUGCUCCCCGACUACCCCGUGCAUUUGGCAACGACGAUCGCCGCAGCGAUUCGGACUGGAUACGAAGAAGCAACCCCCGCGAACGGUCUCGCCGCACAAACUGCUGCUGUUCAAGCAGCCGCACAAGCUGCCGUGCAAGCUGCUGCCGCACCGAAUGUCCGACGCCGCAACCACCGCUACAACCUCCGCCACUGAAAGAUUCCUGGCAUGGCAUUUCUAGUUUUCGUUUUGCUUUUUAACUUC